GGCAACAUCAUACAGAUUGGAAAUAUAACAGUCCUGAUAAAGGCUUAUCCGAGCCGGCACGGCUGAUUGUCGCACGGAGAGGCAAUAAUGGACCUCCGCCAGGGUCACCGCGAAUUCGACCUUGAAUCCCUAUCUUCUUGUCCCUCGACGGCACUCGACCACUACAUCCUCCACGCCUCUGCUGCAUCGACACCACCAUCCUCUGGCGCCAGGCCAUGGCCAAUGUAGCAGUAAUGGGUCCUCCACCCUCUCCGAAGGAGCCCCGCCGCUCAGGCAGACGUUCCGCACCCUCAGCAUCCAAAUCCCCGGCAGGGUCACCAGCCGCUGAUACGGGUCCCAAAGCCAAGGAAAACUCGAUCCGACCAGCUCUCACGACAUCAAACAGCUCGAACAAGAGCAAGCGCAGCAAGCAGGAUGACCACGACGAUGUGCUCGAGGACGUUCGCAAGAAUGGCGUCAACGGAAAUGGAAACGGGCGCGCGAAACGCAAGGGAAGAGACAAAGAGAAGUUAUCUGACGUUGCAAACGGCGAUAGCCACGACGACAUUGCGUAUGUUGACGCGCCUGGUGCGGAGGCGGCGGCAGACGCUGAAGGGGAGAACGAGGAGACGGGUGUCACUCGAUGUAUCUGUGGCGAGGAGGACUCAGACGCUGCCGGAGACGCUAUGGUGCAGUGCGAUCUAUGUGAGGCCUGGCAGCACUGUCUAUGCAUGGGUUACCCCGCCGUCGAAGCCAUCCCUGAUGAGCAUUAUUGCGAGGUGUGCCGGCCUGAUUUAUACGUCGAUCUGCUCAAAAAGCAUGCGAAGCGAGCUCGACAAUCAUCGACCAACUCACAUCACACUGCCGCUGCUAAUCCGUCUCGCGCAUCCCGUUCCCACUCUCCCAUCAUCCAGCCCAAACCGACGAAACGAAGGAAUACCAUGAAUAGCAGGGAUGCCGCAUAUGAGGACAGCGUGCAGGCAUUGAUUGAGGCGACUGCUGCUGAGGCGGCGGCGGCAGCGGCAGCGCAGGAGGCUGCAGAUACGCCUGUCGUCAAUGGUACAGGGAGCGAUGUUAACGGGCACGCGGGGGCCGAACAGGACCCAUUGACGGCUCCAAGCAGUCGGCGAAAGCGCAAACGCUCUGAUGAUGAUGCUGUGGCCUCGAAGCGGACAAGAUCGGCGUCUAUUGCAUCUGAUCGCACAACUGUGGCAAACGCUAUUGCUCGUGAUCCCACACCGGUCGUCAACAAUGUCAAUAUCAAAAACACACCUGCUCCAGCAUCGACGGCGAAGAACCCACGAAAUAGACGAACAAACGCGCGAAAAGCACAAGCGCAGGAUCUGGUGUUGGGAGAAGGAGAGGAAGUCGUGCCAACGUCUGCACGGAAGCAGGCCAACAACCGUUCUAAAGCAACGACGGGGAACGAUCACGGCGGACGACGGGCGCAAGCCAACUCUGUGACCGGCGCUGGCGGAAAUCUUGGCUCACAUGCCAAUUCCUCUGCCGUGUCGCGCGCCUACUACCACUCGCAUGCAUACGCCUUGUCGCAACAGCCUCUCUAUACCUCAUGGGGCUUGCCAGAUCAUCUUGCUCACCUUGAGCCUAUGCUGCCGAGCGAAACACCACGACCAUUAGAAGUCCGAGGAUCUGGCGUCGAUCCUAACGGCCGAGAGUCUCUCGAGCGCACAACCGAGCGAGGAGUGAAAGUAAAGUGGCCGGCAAAACGAAUGAGUGUUGGGGACAUGAACAAGCGCGUUCGAGCGCUGGUGGAAUGGGUGGGAAGGGAACAGGCGAGCGCGUUGGAGAGAAGCAGGCGGAGGGAGUCUCUUGAAAAGGCGUUGAAGGAUGCCCGGGCGUCCAACGAAGAGGAGCCACGGCAAGAUGGAGACACCCAGGUAUCCGAAAAUGGCAAUACUUUGCCAAUAGCGGUAGAGAAUGUGCCUCUCACCGACUCACCACUGCAGGAGAAGCAGUUGAAUCUGCUUGAUGGCAUACUUUCCAUUCCGCAAGAAUCGAAACCGCCAAGCUCGUCGCCGCCGACCAUGAAACUCAUGGAGGAGUUGAUGGAGGAGCUCAUUGACUUCCAGGAGCGCUUUGGACCCGGUGCGAAGACAAAAGAGCGGGAGCGGAGGACGGUCACCUCAUGACGUGUUUAUGGUUUCUCUCGUUCUGUCUUACCAUUUGGAUAGCUAUCGAUUCUCAUCUUUCCGCGCUCUCUUUGUUGUUCCAGUUGUAUGCUUCUGUCCGCUGUAAUAAUUGCUCAUGCCAAUAUUUUCCGAUUGUAUCCGUAAUCGAGCCACUCUUCUCAUACCUCC